GUAUCGUUUCGGUAACAAAAUCGAUACGUAUACUGAUAUGAUAUUGACAACUUUAGUCCUAGUUCAAAGCAUUAUGUAUACCCCACGCUACCGAGGUGUUCUUAUUUGAUCUUCCUCUCUAAAUUUAGCAUAUCAUAGCCAAGUUUAAUCCUUUCUCCUCCAGGCCACCUGUUGUCUCUCUUCUGGUAACAAGUUUCAUGCUAAAAGUAGUAGUUGGUAGCUUUUAACUUCUUUUCCUCAAUUCUCAUUCCCAACUUCACAAGUGCUGAUUCAUUUUUGUAACCUUAUAUUUUUAAAAAGAACAGCAUAAGAAAGGAAUUCAAAAACAUGCAAAUGGGUAAUGAAGAACAUGCAAUAGAUGUGAAUUAUUUGGAUGAGGAAGAUGCUAUCAUAUCCAAGGGUUGCAUCUUCAAAAUUCCGGGACUUGAUGCAGCCUUAGAAGAGACCAAGCUAGUUGAGAUGAAAGAUACUAAUUGGAAUACUAUCCAAAAGAAGGCAGCAAGUCAAAUUUGGCUAGCACUUGCACCGAAGGUGAAAUAUAAUGUCCUUUUAGAGACCACUCCAAUAGGCAUGUGGAGGAAGCUUGAAGAGAUAUAUGCUUCAAAAUCUUUAACCAAUCGAUUGUGUUUAAAGAUGGAGCUAUAUCAAUUGAAGAUGGUAGAAGGCACUAACAUUCACAAGAACUUAUUUGAUUUCAACAUGAUGGUGACACAAGUAGUGAAUGCUGAGGAUAUUCUAGAAGAAGAGGAGAAAGCUUUGCUUUUACUUGCAUCCUUGCCAAAGUCUUACAAGUCCCUAGUGCAAAGCAUGCUAGUGGGUAAGACUACAUUGGUGAUGAAAGAUGUCACAACUAUGUUGUUGGAGAAUGAUAAGUUUUUCAAGGAAGAUGACUGUGCCAAUCAAAAUAAUGCUUUGGUGAUGGAGCAAUCUUGGGGAAGAUCCUAUGGACGUGGAGGUGGAGGAAAUCGAGAAAGGUCAAAAUCUAGACCUAAGAAGGAUUAUGGUGAAGUGCAAUGUUUCUAUUGUAGUGAGUUGGGUCACAAACAGUAUAAAUGCCUAAAGUUUAAGGAGGAUUUUUCUAAUAUGAAUAUAUUGAUGAAAAGUCAAGAAACCAAGGGCAAGGGGGAGGCUAAUAUUGUUGAAGAAAAUGUGGUUGAAGUAUUAGCUUAUGAAGAGUGUGAUCUUGAGGGGGAGCUUGGCGAAAUAACGGUAGCUACUGGCGAAAAGGUGAAUAUUGAAGGUAUAGGCGAUGUUCGUCUCAAUGUUCACAAUGGGAGAGUCAAGAUUCUCGAAUGGUACAAGUAUGUUGGAAAGCAAGAAUGGUGCAAGGUCUACAAAGGUGGAAGACUUGUUCUGCAUGGGAGGAAGAACAAGCACAACACCUAUGUGCUUGAGCAACAUCCGGAGAAAGGGCUUAACAAGACCAUGAGGAAAAUGGUGUGGAAGCCUAAAGGGAUCUUGGUAGAUGGCAGAGAAAUUAAUAAGACCAAGAAGAAGGUGAGUUUCAACAAUAAGGUGGUGUUUGAUGAUGGUUUGAGGAGACUGAUUUUUCAUUUCCCAAAUCCAGUGGCAAAGAUGAAGGAGUUGGAAGAAGCUAUCAACGAGGCACAUAGUAAGGCUAGAGAAAGCUAUGAGGGAGACGAUGUUAUGCGCUUGAGGAUGUUUGCGAGGGAGAUCAGGAUAUUCAAGAGGGAGUUAUUGAUGCUGCCGAAGAAAAUUUUGACAAAAUGUUGCCACUUGAUGGUUGUUUUAUUAUCGAGUUGUUUUGGAAGGCUAUUGGAGAGAGUCUCUGGAAAAAAGGCUACUUUGGUUGAACUUGCAAUUGGGUUCUUUGGCUCCACUUUUUCACAAGAUCAACCUCAAAUACUGGUAGAGCUUCUUUCCAACAGCUCAAACUCGCUGAAGUCGGUGGCCCUCUCCUUCAAUGGUCCAGCUGCGUAUGAUGUACUAUCUAACUUUGAAGAGCACUGGAUGAAGGGUGCCGAUCCCUAAGGAAUCAAGAAGUUGAAGAAUAGUCAUAUGAUGAUGUUUUUUGCUGCUUAGGUUAGAAAGAAUUCCAGACAUCAUGGGGUUGUUGUCUUCCAUAUUCAGCUAAUUUUCCAUGAGAGUAAGAAAUGGAAUUGGUGAGAUUGAAGUCUUAGUUCAUUAAGAAAUACUACUCUAUUAGAGUAAUUUAUCUUGAAUUUUCUUUUCUUUAUUUACUGAUAAAAAGAAAAUUUUAUC